UAUUUGCCCUUUAGAAAAGUCUUGAAAACUUAAAUUUCCAUUGUUUACAUUUAAAUUCGCACAGUGGCGCCCUCUGCCCCCGCAAAUGUUUUUAACCUAAAAAAUGUUUUGAAUCCAUGCAUCGGUUUUUCGUAAAUUAUGGCCGGUGCAAAAAUUAUUACAUGUAUAUUUUACACACUAUUCAUAGCAAGUGCCUUUUCGUCAAAAUUGAACGUGCCGAGAGUCCUACUUCCCAUUUUCAAUGACUUUUCUAUGAAAUUUCUGCUGGAAGCCAACGAUGGCGGUUGUUACAAAUGGAGCACGACUCGCAAUGAUAUCAUCAAAUUAACAAUGCUUGACGAAAAUCUUGACUUACAUUGCUCCAUAAAGGCCGAAGUUCAAACUGUGACCAAAGAGCCGGUCAGGAACCUCGCUGUGGUUCUUGCCGAGGAUGUUCAAACCGACCAAAUACUAAAAUGCGACGUUGUGGUCGACGCUAUAAGUUCCUUAUCAAUUACGACAACGACAAGGGAGCUUUUUAUGGAAGAAGUUCCCGAGGCGUUCCAAGUAAAUGCUUAUGACGCACAAGGCAACGAGUUUUCCUCCCUGGAAGGGGUGGAAUUUGACUGGAAGAUCAUCACACUUGGCAGCAAAAAGGAAGCAGUGGUUGUGAGAUACCUGCCGUUUAAAGACUCCCCCUAUGAGUCACUACCUCACAUCCAGAAACUCGAAGAUGACAAUAGAAAAGGCUCAGUUAUUUUACUUGAAGGCGUGAAAACGGGCUCAGCUAAAGUUUCAGUACGUCUUCCGUAUUCGGAAUACAAAGAAGUUCCAAGUAUUGAAGUCGUUUUGACCGUCAUUGCUAAUUUGUUGCUAGUUCCGAGUGAGGCUUACAUGAUGGAGGGAGAUGUGAUCUCAUUUAAAUUAUACUAUAUGCAUAAUGGUAAAAUGGAUGAGUUGCAAAUACCGGACGCCCAAUAUUUCCUCGAAUCUGAAGAUGAGAGUGUUGUUAAAAGUGAUAAAUCUUCAAGGGAAGUUACUGCCAGGGCGUUGGGUAAAUGUCACGUGAUGUUGCGCAGCUCCAAUAGGCUGGAUGAUGACCCAGCCUUAAAGCUUCCAGUGGCUGUGAUAACUGUAGUACAGCCCAGUUACAUUGUUUUGACCCUUUUACCUCACAAAAACUGGGCAAUUUUGGUCGGAGACCAGCAUGAGAUUAUCGCUGAGGUGUACAGCAGCUCUGAUAACAAGCUCUAUCUCGGUUCGGGUGUGCAAAUCCAAACCCAGGUGGGCGAAGCCUUUCACGUGGAAGAGCGUUCGCAGAAUGGCAGCUGGAUUAGCGGGUGGGGCCUUAAAGAAAGCCGAGCCAUAGUUUCGGCUAAAUUAGAGGCGGUGAUCCAUCCCACAUUGGGCAAAUUUACCCUGGAUACACCCAUAAUAUCGCAAGGCGAGCUCUACAUCUACCCCCGAAUAACUAUAUCUCCUGCCGAGGUUGUCUUACCAUGGGACACCCAAAUAAAACCCAAAUAUGACAUCGACUUGGUGGCUAAAGGGGGCGACGGCCGCUUUUUGUGGUCAAGCACGGACCAUUCCAUUGGUAUAGUGUCUCAAACGGGUCACGUGCGUACUCUCACCCAGGGCUAUUUUUCCGUAUCGGCUGCUAUGACCCGCAACCACCACAACCGUCAAUACGCCAAAUUUUCAAUCCUUCCACCUGUUCGUCUCGAAAUUGUUGAGUUUAUAAUGGAAGCGGAGAUUUUCCAACCGAUUUACCUCCACAUUGCUCUCUAUGCCCCCAAAACGAGCAACGAUAAUACCACUCAAACCUUUAUCCCUUUCACGCAGUGUCAAGACCUUCCGUUCCAAGUAAAACAAACCGAUAAUAAAUUUAUUUACAACAAAACAGCAUCAAUCCCUCCUGUGGGUAUCUCCUGCGGGAAUAUAGCAAUGAUUGGUACUGCCGUUGGUACAAGCAAAGUUACAGUGACGUAUUAUCAGGACGGUUUAAUUUUGGAAGAUUCGGUCACGAUAAACGCGUAUUACCCUCUGAAAUUGAUUUCACCGAGUCCUAAACAUCAAGUGGUUUUGGCGGUGGGCAGUGCUAUACAUUUGGUGUUUUCGGGGGGACCUAGGCCACAGAUUGGGAGACAGAGUGAUCAUCAAAGGAUUGUAAUUGUGGAGAAUGAAGCCACUGUGCAGGCGGAGGAUGUGACCGAUUCGAAUCAACUGCCGUUGGAGGAUAUUACGGCCGUUUGGGUCUUGUGUAGGAAGUUGGGUGAGACCAAUGUUAAGUUGACGAUCAGCAAUACGCCCUCGUUGCCCAAUUGCAAGAGUCAUGGGAGUACAGUGACGACAAAGGUAAUUUGCGGUAAACCCCGCCGCCUCCACAUCCAGCCGGAAGUCAAAGUCAACGAUGCGAAGGCAUGUCCCAUGGACCUCAGUGCCGACCGCGUUGUAGUACCCAACAACCAAGAUAUUGAACUCGAAGUGGUCGUCAUCGACGAACUUGGCCGUGUCUUCCUAAACACCAGUAGUCUUCUCUUCACAUGGGAGUCGCGUCCGGCUGGCGAAGUUAAAUUCCAAAGCAUCGACAGCACAAUCACCAAACACGAAAUGUUCGGCUCCGUUCCACUGGUCAACAAAACGCUCCAAAUUAUCCGUCCCUAUAUCGACUCCGGGCUGUUGGAAGUCACCGGAACCGUCAAGGGCUACAAGAUGAGUGUCUUAAAAGCCUAUCACAUCACACCGGAAUGGCCGGAAUUUUUGAGUGGGGAGGAGCGAUCGGCCGAUCAUCCUGCGAUAACAGCGACUGUGGGGCUGUUUUUGGUGGACGAUACAGUUGUGACACCUAAUGUAACAAUUAUUUUCAAUCAACCGAACGUCAAGAAGGAAAUAGCAGUGAUGCAUGGGUCGGGCUAUAUCGAAUUAUCGUUAAGUAAUGACGAAAUCGCAACGGUGAAUUACGUCGAAGGGACGAGACUUAUCGAAAUUGUCCCAGUGGUGUCAGGAGAAAUGACAAUACAAGUGGUGGACUUGUGUCUAGUCGCAAACCCGAUUUUCAUCUACGUUAAAGUGGUUUCCUUGGGGAAAAUCGAAGUCGAAACCGCCGGGAAAGUCGAGAUAAAUCACUGUAUCCAAGUCGUAGCGAAACUCUACGACGAAACUGAUCAAUUAUUGGACGUGCAUGACAUGGGGGUUAUCGAAUUGAGGCAUCGGUUCAGCAAAAAUAUAGCCAACUUGGGGCGCAUGCCCCAAAAUGCCGACGAUCCCUGGCCCUUGGGAGAGGUUCAUUUCGUUUUGACUGGAGUCGAACUCGGCGAUGCCCAGCUGACCUUCACGUUCGACAACAAAGACCAAGUCGUUUCGAGCGAACCGGUCGACAUCCAGGUGUUUCCCCCACUGAAGGUGAAUCCCCGAAACGGCACUCUUUUGGUGGGGGCUACCAUGCAAUUGACGCUUCGUGGGGGCCCACAACCCGACACCAGUAUCGAAUUCGAGCCACACACGAAUGGAACCAUCACCGUUAGUGACGUGGGUAUUGUUGUUGGGAAAAAUUUGGGAUUUACCAAAAUCACAGUUCGCUCGAUUGGAGUACAUCCAAAAACAGGCGAGAAAAUUAUUUACGCCGAAGAUACAAUCGAUGUUAAUAUUGUUAAAAUCAGUGGAGUGAAGAUAGGAGCGCCUUUGACGAAGUUUAAGAGUGGGGGGACGAUUCCGGUUUGGGUUACUGGAAUUCCGGAAACGAUUUCGCCCUUGAUUUUAUCGAGUUUUGAAGAUUCGGCUUUGACGUACGACUGGUAUUUUAAUGAUUUUGAUGUGACGACGCUUGUGGGAGUUUUUUCAACUGUGGGUGUGAUUUACAAAACUUGCGACAAAACAAUAGUAAGAGUGACGGGUUUGCAACCUGGCAAAACGAAGCUCUACGUGAACGUAACAUUCAACGCUGUUGAUGCAACUCAACCUACAGUGUACCAGGCAUACGUAGAUUUGGAAGUUUUUGAACCUUUGAUGCUUGUAACCCCCCGACAUAUGCCAGGGAGGUCACUUUUGAUGGCCCGCCAUUCAAGCAUCCAACUACAAACCAAUUUAGAAGGCAUUGUUAAUAUAGAGUACAGCAUUCCUGAAUUUCGCCUAACGGGGACCGAAGUAACAGCGAUGAACUCGACUCCGGUUGCGACAAUAACAGUGACAGAGACUGGUUAUUUGCAGUCUUUCGGUACCGUUGGAUUUGCCCAACUGUUGAUAACUGCAACCGACGAGUUGGGAUUGAAGCAAACUCUGACUUAUGUUGUUGAAGUCAAGCCGGUGCAUUACAUGUUAUUGACGGUGAAAGCGAACUGGAGAAUUCACUUGGACAGUUCUUUGCAAGUGAUACCGUUAGGAACUGAGUUCGAUUUGGUUGCGAAUUUCUACGACAUCAUCGGGAAUAAAUUCAACGCUGGGCCUCGCCAGGUUAAAGUGCGGGCUAAUCGACUGGAUCUUGUUAAAAUCAAGCAAUACACAAGCAAUGCCACUAUGACCGUAGCGACGAAAAAGCCCGGUCAUACGGUUAUCAAGGCUUGGACCGACGGUGUUGACAAUACGGCGGACUAUGUCAAGAUUCAUUCGAAAGAAGUGGUCAAACCUGUCGUUGAUUUUCUGACAAGUGGCGAUAUUAUGUGUUUGUGGAGUCCAGUCGUGACAAGACAUUUGCAAAUCGGUUUUUGGUCCAGUAGCGACACUAGCAUGAUCUCAAUUGAUGCAACCAUUGAUUUGGCGUUUGUUAUUGGAAAUAAGGAAGGAACUGUCUUGCUCACACACUCGUUACAAGCCAACGUUCCGCUGCGAAUGCAAGUCUUACCAGUCGCUGAAGUUAAAUUAUACCCCGACAAGGUCACAUUUUUCACAAAUGGGGCCGAGGGGAUGGUCCAAAGGAUCGGCGUUGUGUUAAAAAGCCGGGUGGGGCCAGCCGACAAGAGAAAUAAUUUGAUCCAAGGAUGGCUCUGUGAUAGGUCUUUCCACCGAUAUCUAGUCCCGACGCCCUUCAGGUGUUUCGUCCGAUUCACCAAUGAGAGUGUAGACAUCGAUGCGAACAGUAUCUUCAGCAUGAAGAGCAGUUUUAAACCGGAAAUAGGUCAAUAUAAUUGUAAAAUCAUCUCAACGGGGGCUAACACGUCCGAUGUCAGUCUCCUAAUGACGAAUAUCACGUUUUGGGUCAUUUCCGACGAAGGGGAAAUUGAAUCGCAACCUUUGGAAAUGCCGUUCAUUCCUACACCUUACGUACCACCGGAAGUGUAUAUUGGGGAUCAGGGAAAUGUCGGCGAGCUUGUUGUCACAGGUCUGGGCUACAUUUUGGAGCAUAUUGUGGUACAACCAGCCGAUAGUAGCAUUGUUUAUGUAGAUAAGGGCCGCUUAAUUGAUGAAAAUCAUAAAAUGUAUCAAGUGCAGCUUGUCGAUUAUCAUCCGAAGUUUGCCGAUCAGGAAGAUGUCAUGGGAAUUAUUGUUCGGUCACCGCUUACGGAUCAAGCGACUCAAGUUAUGGUGCGAGUUUCCAAUAAAUAUCGCGACGACACCUGUGCGGGUAAAUCCCCGAUUUACCGAUUUAUACAACAUUACAAACACGCCAUUAUUAUCGUGAUUUCAAUGCUCAUUAUUUUCUGUGUCACUUGUUACGUCUAUUCACGAUAUAUGCAACCAAUGGUUACUGUCACAGUUAACCCGAACCGAUCUCUUCUCAACGCUUCUUAUCAGCAACAGCAUUACCCGACUGCUUCAACUCCCAUGAAUAUGAUGAACAGGACUCAACCCUCAAUUCCAAGAUUAUCUCCAACUUCACCGAUUUGUACAAGCAAGUCGAAUUGUACCUGCGGUAGGAAUCGAGAACCGGUCUAUGGUGAUGUUAGUUCGUUUACAAUGAAUAGUCCCGAAUUGCGAAGAAACCGAAGAUUUUUGUAACUGUGUUCAAAUUACGUUUAGUUUUUGUACAUAGCAGGGAGUGCCAGUUUGUUUUUUGUAUAUAAUAUACAAGUGUACUUAUUUUUUUACAAAAAUAAAUUCAUUUUUGACCAUA